ACAAUCUCCCAGCCUGCGCCCGCAGUCACCACGCAUUCGUUUCCAGUUUUGGCUUGCGGUUUUGGGCGGGACAAGAAAGAAAGGAGAGACAUGAAACGCCGGGGCCAAUCAAUUCAAAUUUCAGAAUCAAUUAUGGCAGAUUCUGCCACCGACGAUCUCGAACCCUUGUUCGAUUACCGCCGUGUUCAGCCUCGCGAUUUCGUCUCUAUCGACGAUGACGAUUCAGAUACUUCACCAGAUCCGUCACCGAAACGAAAGAAGGUUCCUGAUGCCGCUGUCAAAAAGGUAGAUGAGGAGGUAGAGGUAAUAAAAGUGGUGGAUCAUGAAGAGGACUGGUUACCUCCCCCUCCUCCUCCUCCUCCGAAGGUUUCAGCUGGUGUUCAGAAUAAGCACGGUGAGGAUUCAACCAUUAAGGAGUUGAGGAGAAAGAAAGAAGAGCUGGUUUCACUGGUUUCAUUUGCACAAUCAGCAAAAGAUUUGUUUCAAGAAGUAGAGAAGCGUCCAGAGGCUGAAACUGAGCAACUAAGCAACCCUCACUGUGAAAGGGCUAAAAUAGUUAUUUCCAUACAGGACAAGGAUGGAAUCAAGCAAUUCCGCAUAUACGUGGAUGACAAAUUUGAGAGACUCUUCAAGAUGUAUGCUGAUAAAGUUAAGCUUGAUGUGCAAAGCUUAGUAUUUAGCUUUGAUGGUGAUAAAAUUGGUCCUGCUGCAACCCCUAAUGAUCUAGGAAUGGAGGAUAAUGACAUUAUUGAGGUGCACUUGAAGAAAAUCUGACCAAGGUAAAAAUAUCACAUUUUGGCUUAUAGGUUUCCCAUGCAUUUUGAUCUGCAUAUUUUUGGUUCU